AUGAUGCUCCCUGUUCGGCCUUCCUCCUUGUUCUCCCACCGUGGAGUGCUGCUGAUCAUUCUGUGCAUCCUCAACGACAGAUCUCGGGCCCUGACGGCAAGUCGCAAUCGCCAUGGAGACAGCAGAGCAACAACGACCUCUCCUCCCGUCACCCAGCUGUCCCUUGCUCGAAGAUUCCGUGAUGACAAGGGAUAUGAACAUGAGCACGACGAACUGUCACGACAAAGAUCCACGGAUCGACCUACAUUGCGAAAGACACAACUGAUUGGACCACCCAUUAUGCCCGGCAAACCGAAGAUUGUUGUUCUUGGAGCGUCGGGUCGAAUUGGCCGUUUGGUAGUACGACAACUGCUGGAGAUGAAGCAUCUGGACGCCACCAUCAUUGCCUGUGUAAAGGAUUACGACAAGGCGUGCAGAGUUCUGUACGAUGACAUGUCUCUCGCCACCCGACAAAAUUCCAAGGGACCUCGACUUACCAUUGUGGAAGCGAAUUUGGUGCCACCUGAAGAGCUGCCGUUCUAUCUCGAAGAUGAAGAAGAAGAGUUAGAAUGGCGUGAAAGGGCAGAAUCUGCUGCUCAAUUCUACAAUACAUCUGUUUCAAAAUACGACAACCGCGAAGAAGUGCCCAUUGCGGAUUCCAAUGAAGCUCUGCAAGACGCUAUUCAAGAUUGCACCACAAUCAUCAGCUGUGUGGGUUCUGUUCGUCCGACCAAUCUGUGGACUGACCAUUUGGCAAGACCCUUAUGGCGAUGGUUGAAGCCCGAUGUGUCUGGUUGGUGUAAAGAUGCCCGUCAUCCGUACUAUGUACACUUCCAAUCUACCCGAAAGAUAUUGGGAUAUGCGGAACGAGAGCAACUGCGACGAGAAGCAGCCGUAGAGAUGGCUCUGGAGGAGGAGGAAGAAGAAAGGGAAGAGCCCGUGGUGGUGCCCAAAAUCCGAUACAUUCGAGUCUCGGACAACUGCCUCUGUCAGCCGGUCUGGGAGAUGGUGCCACUUUUGACAAACAUCUUUCGUUCCAACGUGUUUCGAUAUCAUGACAUGGCCGAGCGUCUACUCGAAUCUUCUACAUUGAUUGAUACUGUGAUUUUGAGACCUGGAGACCUUGUAGACAACGAACGAGACGUGAACACGACGCACAUCCAGGUCGAUCCCAGCGGCGAUAUCCCAGCACCCGCGAUUGUGGGCCGUGAGGAUGUUGCCUCUCUGGCGGUGGCAUCUGCUUUGUUUCGAUCUCCUCGACAGAAAGAAGCUGAAAAGGUGGACGUUUCAGAAUCUGAUACAGGUUCUACUCAGACUCAACAACACGAUCCUUUUCACUGUAAGCUUGCCGUUCGUUGGGUCGGCAGUGAUAUGCAUCCAUAUCCAGCACAAGGGAAAAAGAAGGAUGGCUUUCGUACCGCUCAAAUCUCUUUGCAAAAAGCGCUGGCGGUGAUUAAGAAGGCCGAAAAGAAGGAACGACGUAUCGAGCUGCGAAGGCAGCGUACGAUGCUGUCGUCAUCGUUGGUGGAAUCGUAUCCAGAAACGGUCGUGAGGCUAGCCCAGAACUUUCAAACUCGACGAAAGAAGCGACAAUUAAAGCCUUACGGCAUUGCGUCUGCAAUUCCAAUCUACUUGAUGUUGGCAUUGGCCACGCGAUCGCUGGGACGACUUCUUUGGACGGUUCUCUGCACCCAAACAUGGGCCCAGCCUCUGGUGACUCUUAUACAGAAAGUUUCGGCCAUGUUGAUUGCUUUCUUGGCACCUCAUUUACAAAUCCUACAGCAGUUCCUGGCACGGCAUAUUCCACGUGGUUUGCGAAGGGCGUUUGGAUCCAAGCAGUACAUUAGCUUUUGA